CUCCACUUGCAGUUUUGUUUUCGACUCGGAGCACGCUCGAGCUCAACCUCCGGCAAUUGAUUGAUUAGGCACGCUGAUCCGGGCCAUAAAAGGACUUUCGGCUGAUUGCUAAUCCAAACAGCAAAGUUUGCAAAACAGAGGCACAAAACAGCUGUGCGCGGAAAGUUUCCAAGUGAAAGAACCCGAGCCAGAGCCGCCAGAGAAUCGCACCCAGAAAGGCGCAACAACCGAGGCAGAAGAAGAGCAACUUAAGGAGGAGGAGGAGGAGGAGAACGCAGGCGGACGGCGAAGGCGAACAAAAGGAGGAGCGCGAGCAACCACAACAAGAACGGAAAGAGUGCCGAGGAGGGACCAAGAUGACGGACGAGUGCGUAACCAGGAACUACGACUACGGCGUGCUCAGCUCCAACGGCGGGGCGAGGGGCAACCGGAGCAGCCUCAAAGCCGAUAGCACCGACGCCAAGGGCUGUACGCCGGAGGCGGUUGUUGUUGGUGGUGCGAAUGCAACUGCAGCGAGCGCCUCCCCCCUGCCGGCCAACAAGUUUGUGGCCCGGAUGCCAGUGGAUCGAUAUGCGUGCGAGUACAACAUGAAUCACAAGCACCGCGGGCUGGCCUUGAUCUUCAACCACGAGUUCUUCGACAUACCCUCGCUGAAGAGUCGCACCGGGACGAACGUGGAUGCCCAGGAGCUGAAGAAGGCCUUGGAUUCGCUGGGCUUCUCGGUGGCCGUGCACAAGGACUGCAAAAUGCGGGACAUCCUGAAGCACAUCGAGAAGGCCGCCGAGCAGGAUCACACGGACAACGACUGCCUGGCGGUGGCCAUUCUCUCGCACGGGGAACACGGCUACCUGUACGCCAGGGACACGCAGUACAAGCUGGACAGCAUCUGGCACUACUUCACGGCCAGCUUCUGCCCCUCGUUGGCGGGCAAGCCCAAGAUGUUCUUCAUCCAGGCCUGCCAGGGCGACCGCCUGGAUGGCGGGAUAACCCUGGAGAAGGCCGUCACCGAGACGGAUGGCGAGUCCUCGACGAGCUACAAGAUACCCAUACACGCCGACUUCCUCUUCUCCUACUCCACCAUACCGGGCUACUUCUCCUGGCGCAACAUCAACAACGGCUCCUGGUACAUGCAGUCGCUGAUCCGGGAGCUGAACACGAAUGGCAAGAAGUACGACAUGCUCACCCUGCUCACAUUCGUCAACCAGCGCGUAGCGCUAGACUUUGAGUCGAACGUGCCCACCACCCCGAUGAUGGAUCGACAGAAGCAAAUCCCGUGCCUCACCUCCAUGCUGACGCGCAUACUGCGCUUCGGCGACAAACCGAAAGGUAACAAGGCUGGCUAAGAAAGCGCAACGAGAUCUCUCUUCACCAUUAGGUUGUACAAUCAUCCCCCGCAAUCAUUCCCUUGGAUUCCAUAUCACUUCAAGUCUAGUUUUAAGUGACGCGUGCCAUUAUCCCGGAGGAUAUGCAGCACCUGGACCCCCCAGCCCCACAUUACCCACCCAUUUCUGGCCUUAUCGUUGACGAAAUUCGUUGCCCACUUAAGAAUAUGAUUUCACUAGUUAUAAGCAACACUUGCCAAUCAGCAAACCCACAAAUAUGAGAUAAGGUUUUACAAUGAAGAUUUAUACCUAUACAAGCAGACAUAUAUAUUUGAUAUGCGUACGAAUAAAAGUGAAUUGAAAAAUGA